UCCCCCCUCCCCCUCCUCCUCUUUUCAACCUUGGUCUUCACCGGCUGCUUCCUUCCCCCUUCCUUCCUUUCUUCCUCCUGAGGCGGCCGCUGCUUCCCCUCCGCCGCCGCCGCCGCCCUAGAGUCCGCUCCAGCCGCUGCUCACCAUGACCUUGCUGACUGCCAGCAGUAGGGCGGCCGCGCGCCUCCUGGGUGCCAAGAACUCAUCAUGUAUCAUUUUUGCUGCAAGACAUGCCAGCACUUCCACAAAUUUGAAAGAUGUUCUUGCAAACAUGAUCCCUAAGGAGCAAGCAAGAAUUAAAAGCUUCAGGCAACAAUAUGGGAACACAGUCAUUGGUCAAAUCACUGUGGACAUGGUCUAUGGCGGCAUGAGAGGUAUGAAAGGACUAAUAUAUGAGACCUCCGUCUUAGACCCUGAUGAGGGCAUCCGUUUCCGUGGCUACAGCAUUCCUGAGUGCCAGAAGCUACUGCCCAAAGCCCCUGGAGGUUCAGAGCCCCUUCCUGAAGGUUUGUUCUGGUUGCUGGUGACAGGAGAGAUUCCCUCACAAGAACAGGUGAACUGGCUGUCUCGAGAGUGGGCCAAGAGAGCAGCCUUGCCUUCCCAUGUGGUGACCAUGCUGGACAACUUCCCCACCAACCUUCACCCCAUGUCACAACUCAGUGCCGCUGUCACCGCCCUCAACAGUGAGAGUACCUUUGCCCGUGCCUACUCUGAGGGAAUCCACCGGACCAAGUACUGGGAGUUCAUCUAUGAAGACUCCAUGGACUUGAUUGCUAAGCUGCCAUGUAUUGCUGCAAAGAUCUACCGUAACCUGUACCGCGAGGGCAGCAGCAUUGGCGCCAUUGAUCCUGCCUUAGAUUGGUCACAUAACUUCACCAACAUGCUGGGCUAUACUGACCCUCAGUUCAUUGAGCUUAUGCGACUCUACCUCACCAUUCACAGUGACCACGAGGGUGGGAACGUCAGUGCCCACACUAGUCAUCUAGUAGGCAGUGCCCUCUCUGACCCUUACCUGGCUUUUGCUGCAGCCAUGAAUGGUCUGGCCGGGCCACUCCACGGUCUUGCAAAUCAGGAAGUGCUGGUGUGGUUGACCAACCUGCAGAAGGAGCUGGGUGAGGACGUAUCUGAUGAAAAGUUGAGGGAUUUCAUCUGGAACACCUUGAACUCUGGCAGGGUGGUUCCUGGUUACGGCCAUGCAGUACUGAGGAAGACGGAUCCCCGCUACUCUUGCCAGAGAGAAUUUGCCCUCAAGCACCUUCCCAAAGAUCCCUUGUUCAAGCUGGUGGCCCAACUGUACAAGAUUGUCCCUAACGUACUGCUGGAACAAGGCAAAGCUAAGAAUCCUUGGCCCAAUGUGGAUGCACAUAGUGGGGUCCUGUUACAGUACUAUGGCAUGAAGGAGAUGAACUACUACACAGUGCUGUUUGGUGUGUCUCGGGCCCUUGGUGUUCUGUCGCAGCUCAUCUGGAGCCGAGCCCUGAGCUUCCCACUGGAGAGACCGAAGUCCAUGAGCACAGAUGGGCUGAUGGUGCUUGUGGGUGCCAAGUCUGGUUAGAGCAAGGGAAAUGUGGCAAGGAUUAGUUAUUGAGGAAAUGAUAGAGACAAUACAAAUUGUUUUGUGUUUGUUCAAAGGGCCUUGAAAAGAACCCUCCUUAGAGGCACUGACCAUUGCAUUUUUUCAGGUUAUUUAUGGGAUAAAUUCAGAUAUGCCUAGGGUACUUACUCCCCAUCCCACCCAUUACCUUAAAUACCACCUAAAGUUAGAUUCCUGAGCAUACGGGGCCCCAGGGCAACUCUAUGCAACCUGAGCUGAUGCUCUAGAGGGAGAGGGUUGCUUUCCAGUGCGGCCUCUUCUUCUCUGUUGCCCCCUGUUGCAGGCCAGGAGCAGAAGAAAUUUGUCUCCCUCCCCCCCCCCCACCCUUUUGCAAUCAUGUCAUAUCACCUGCUCUUUUGGUACUGCCUUUCAUUUCCAUGCAGAUAAAUUGUGCUUCUGCAUUAGAACAAUGCCCUCCUUUUCAGCUGGCUUGAAGUGCUGCUGUUGGAGAGAGGAGUGGGGAAAUGCUCAAUCCCCUUUCCCCUUUGUAUAUUUUUCUGUUACAGUAAAAACUGGGGAUUUGUGUCCUUAAAAGCUAGAGCAGGCAGGACUGCAACUUGUAUGCUGUGUACUGAGCAGGGAUAGCUCACCUCUAGACCUACCAAAGUAUCAGUGCUGCUGUUCUGCUCACCGCACCCCAAACUUGCCACUGUAUUUGCUUUGAUGCACACAACCCUCCCCUUCCCUUAUGUGCAGUUGUGCUUCAUUCCCAAAGGCAGAGUUCUAGGGGAUUGCUUCUGCUAUGAACAAGCAUCUUUUUGUCCCUUUCCUGUUUGACCCAAGGGAAUAAAAGUAGAGAGCCUGUGAUACUUGCUUUCUUCUAUCCUUCCUUUAAAAAAUCUUCAAACUUCUUUGUCAGUGCUGUGAUAUUUAAAAGGUGGGGUAUGUCCAUCCUUAAAAAUUAAAGAAGGUAUCAGUAUCAUUUCCAAAUUGGCAGUUGUGGUAACACUGCCAUGUGGCCACUAAAGUUGGCUACCCACAUUUUUGAGAGCAGCGAUAGCAAAGAAUGAAAUCUGUCUCCUGGCCUCCUUUCCUCUCUAGAAAGGACUUCAUACACUCCUACCAAUGUUUUUUCUCUCUGUGUGUGUUUGUGUGAAACCUUCUGUCCUAUAACCACACACACAAAAAAAAGGAAAACCGCAAUCUGAGUUGAAGGCACAGUAUAAAUGGCUGUGUAAGUGUCAGCGUUCCGUUGCAAACUUCAGGUGGUUCUGUACAAACUGCAAAAUAAAUGUUUUUAUUAACAAGCUA